AUGGAUGAGAAGGAGAACAGCACAGGCAGUGUGGGGAGCCUGCAGCCUUCCAGUAUCCACGUUUUUGCCAACACUUCAUCCCUUCAUGGAAUCAGGCAUAUAUUUGUUUAUGGACCAAUGACCAUGCGUCGAUUCAUGUGGACUGUGGUAUUUCUUGGCUCUCUGGGCCUACUUGUGGUGGAGUGUGCAGAGCGGGUGGCAUUUUACUUUUCAUACCCGCACGUUGCCAAGCUGGAAGAGGUAGCCGCAAACAACCUGGUCUUUCCCGCUGUUACUAUCUGCAACUUGAAUGAGUUUCGCUUUUCAAAGCUGACGGUAAAUGAUCUCUACCAUGCUGGUGAACUCCUGGGACUGCUCAAUGUGCACCUCGAGAUCCAGAGCCCCCACAUGGCUGAUCCCAAUGUGCUAAAAGCCCUUAAAGAGAAGGCUGAUUUCACACAUUACAAACCGAGGGUGUUCAACAUGCGAGAGUUUUAUGACCGAGUUGGCCACAGCCUCAAGGAUAUGAUGCUGUACUGUAAGUUCCGGGGAGUUCGAUGUACUCAUAAAGACUUCAAAACUGUUUUUACCAGAUAUGGGAAGUGCUACAUGUUUAACUCAGGAAGUGAUGACAAGCCUCUACUGACCACCGUGCAGGGGGGCACUGGCAAUGGCCUUGAGAUCAUGUUGGACAUUCAGCAGGAUGACUAUUUGCCAGUCUGGGGUGAAGCUGAAGACACCACAUUUGAAGCUGGGAUACGUGUACAGCUGCACACUCAGUCUGAGCCACCAUUUGUACAUGAGCUGGGAUUUGGAGUCGCGCCAGGAUUCCAAACAUUUGUUUCCACUCAAGAACAACGGCUGAUAUACCUGCCACCACCUUGGGGAGAUUGUCAGUCUUCAGCUGUCAACACAGACUUUUUCCCAAGCUAUAGCAUCACAGCUUGUAGGAUUGACUGUGAAACAAGAUACCUGGUGGAGAACUGCAACUGUCGGAUGGUGCAUAUGCCAGGUGAUGCACACUAUUGCACCCCUGAACAAUACAAGGAAUGUGCGGAGCCGACAUUAGCCUUCCUGGCAAAGAUGAAUAAUAAUUGUCUCUGCAAGACACCGUGUUAUCUAACGCGAUACAACAAGGAGCUGUCCAUGGUAAAGAUUCCAAGCAGGACGUCGGCAAAGUAUCUUGAAAAGAAAUUUAACAAAACUGAAAAAUACAUUUCGGAGAAUAUUUUAGUACUGGACGUAUUCUUUGAAGCAUUGAACUAUGAAACUAUUGAACAGAAGAAAGCAUAUGAAGUGGCAGGCUUACUUGGUGACAUCGGAGGCCAGAUGGGACUGUUUAUUGGUGCUAGCAUUUUAACAAUCUUAGAACUCUUUGAUUACUUGUAUGAGGUCAUGAAGGAUAAGUUAAUGGACCUGACUAGCUUCAAGAAAGGAGAAGAAGAAGGAAGUCACGAUGACAAUGUGGUAACACUUUCUGUUAACCUGGACGAGCCGCUGAAACAGGACUCAAGCUCUUCCCAGCUGAACUAAUUGUGCCACGAGUCUGCCAAACAUCCUUAUAGGAAAACCGUGUUGUUAUU